GUGCAGCCAAACGGAUGGGGUACCUGCAUAUGUCUAUGCCAGCGUUCGUGUAGUACCCUCGAAGCACUAGAAGCUCGAACCUGGAUUAUGGCAUGUCCAUAUGUUGUCGGUGAUAAGGAAAGAGUGGGCCGCGGUGCAAGCAACCAUUAUGAUGUGGCUUUCAAGCCACUAGACAUGGAGAUCCGAGGUCAUGGGUGCUCAAUCGCUGUAUUUAAUUCCAGGAACCAUACUUGGGGAACAUCAAGCGCAUGUAUGGUGCUUAGCGACAGGCGUGAUUCUUGUUGGAUCGCCCCAUUGUUCGUUGUCGAGGAGCUCUGUCAUGCCUCGAGCCGGUCCUUGUUUGAAGGGCGAUAGACUGACGGCGAUAUAAAGCGUACCACUGCUCCACCAGUCUUUAUUAAUAUCCGAGACCUAGUAUUCUGGACCAUCAUCGGGUCCAUGAUUACGCGAAUUAUGCAACAGCCGACCAGACAACAAGUCAUUUCCGAGCCGCACACACACACCAAAAACCCUCCGAAAACCAACUGCAACCAGCCGAAACCGCACGACGACGAGCAAGUGCUACUGGAAGGCCUUUCUAGCUCGGCAUCAUGCUCGGAAGACGAGCUUAGCGACUUGGACCCAGACAUUCUGCAUGUUGACCGAGACACAAGGAAUCAUAUAGCAGUGGUCGCCGUGACUAUCAUGUUGUUUCUCUUGACGCAUAGUCCUGCUAGCCUCGAAGUUCCUUUGGAAGGAGUACUUGCGCAGGGAAGCCAAAUGGCAGAGGCAUGCUUCGUUCAACGGUCUUAUCCGAUUACCACAAUCUGCGACAUCCUGGGGUUUGCCAGUGUGACGAGACUCCUCGAUGGGUGUGAGGGGUUCCUUCGAGAGAUGACGCUCACUUGGAGUAGAGUGAUAUGGGGUAUGUGCGAUCUGUCCAGAGACGCAUACGGUCCAAGUCGUGAGGCAAGCGAGAACUUCCGGCAAACGUCUGGUAUUGGCUACGACUACGCCUUUGACAAGACUCUCUCCACAUACCACUGGCAUAUCCUGCGCGAGAUGUGCUAUUACAGCCGAGUGCUGGAGUAUCAAGAUUCUUGUUGCAAAAGAAAAGAACAUCUGACACCACGCAAUGAUGGACUCUUGAUGUGGUUUGAAGAUGAAGCUGAUAGAGAGAUGGGGAAUCGGAGUUUUGUCUUGUGGUAUCAAAUUUCCAUCCAAGAAAAGAUCUCUCGCCUGCAUCGUAUGAGAGAAUUGGUAACCCAUCGGCUGCCUUUAGAAAGACUGGCAGAGAACAGGCCAUUCGAUGGGACGUCGAACUUGACGAGAUACGCAGCGGAGGCAGGAAAGGAGACCUUGGUCGACUUUGUGGAGAUGCGCGGUAUCCAAGAAUGGAUCGAUCGGCAGCUGAGUUUCUGGGAGGGUGUCGAUCGAUUCCGGCAAGAUCAAGGGCUUGAAUUGUACAGCUCAAUCUACAGCGGCUUUCCUCUCCCUCGAUUGUAUCGGUCUGGCAUUGAAGCUCCUCAUCCAGGUCGACAAGAGCGCAAGGAGGGGAUAUAUCCGCAGGACUUGUUGAUGGUUGAACUGAAGAAGAGGAGAGGGGAUGUUGUGUAGCAGCUGACACGUUGUAGAACAAGAGCCUAUAGCUCCAAAUCUUUGGUCAGAGAAUCAAGGCCACUCUGUUCAGCCGAAAUGCGAUCCCGAUACACUACCUCGCCAUGAGAGUCUCUGUAAUCGUGCUGUCAUGGAUUCUAGAGUCAGCUAUAUUGGUGAAGCACAAGGACGAGUGUCGAACAAGUUAUUGAUUCACGAGAGGGAGAUUUGCAAG